AUGGCUCGCUCUCUGGUCACAACGGAAGCAUUGAGGAGUUUUCAGAUUCUCGAUUUGUACAAACACCUACGGAUUUCGCUGUCGGAAUUGGCUCGACAAUGGUAAAUUGAUAGAAUAAAUAAUAACUCAUUUAUUCGGUUCGACAACCAGAAAAAAUUUACAGAAGAAGAGAGGGAGAUAUAAAUAGUGGGUGGAAGAGGGAAGAAUGACUAAAAUGACCAUUGGCCGGCAAUAGCCAUAGGUCAAGUAGAAUAGAAUAUACAAGAGGGAAUCUUUCCUAUGCGCGUCGCAAAGGCCUCAGGAGACAGUCUUCCGGGAAACAUUUUUGCCACUCGGUUCCAUAAGGCAAGAUAGGUAUGCAGGAAAGAGUCAUGGGGUAGGCCUAGAGAGGAGAGAAGGUACGGGUAACGGGGGGAGACGCCGGGUUUGAGGAAUAAUUUUAGGGAGGGGAAGUGGUAUUGGUGCGUGAUUAGAUUGUGGAAAGUUCUGAGGAUAAGGAGUACCCGUCUAUGGAGUAUCGAUUUCAGAUUGGAUUGGCUUAGGCGGUCGCUAUAUAAGGAGAAUCGCAUAUUGCAUCUCUGGAAGACUCUUCUGCUGAAAAAUCUGAGGGGAGACUCUAGUUUGUUUGCGAGGGAUGUUGUUGAGGGAUGGAAAAGUUCGCAUCCGUAUUCGAGGAUGGGUCUUUGUUUCUUUGCAUUUCAAAAGGGCAGUGUUGCUAACUAUAGUAAUUUGUUUCUCGAAUUUGAGCUUGUUAUCUAUCCAGAUGCCGAGGUCUUUAACGGAAUCUUUCGGCUCGAUUACGAUGCCAUUCAGGGAAUAUUUAGUUUUAGGGUUUUUCUUUCCGAAGUGGACAACUGCGGACUUAUUUUCUGUAAUAGCAAAAUGGGAACAAUUAUUUGUUUGCAGCCUUUCCGCAAGAACUGGAAAGAGACUGACUACUAACGGAAACAACGAGCUUAUCUUCUGGAGGCCUGAUCCCACGAAGUAUCGCCCCUCAAAAGUGAGUCCGCUCGCCGUUCCGUACUGUUUUGAAGUUAGAAUGUGGAAGCACUUUCUCAAUAAUUUGAAAAGAUUUCUGGCAAAAAAAUUGCGGAGAAAGACUUUUGGGACGGAAUGAAAGUGAACAAAGAUGAAGAGUUCCGAGUGAACCCAGUCGAAGUGUGAGUCUGAUCAUUUGGCAGCCGAUUAUGAUAAAUCAGUUUCAGUUUCCACAGAAACAUCGCCCCGAAGUUCUUCUGCAUAAAUCUUCCACCGUCCACAAAAAUGAUGUUGAUGGUCGAUCUCAAGAUCGUUCCGAGCUAA